AAGUUCGGUACUUGUUUACAAUCAGACGAGCAAGCGGUUGGCUAAAGUUGAAGAUAAGAUCUAAAUGCUCAUGAUUUAAAGCACGAAAACGUGUUGGAAAUAUUGACACAAACAUCAACAUCAACAAACUAACUUGAAUGAUUUGCCACAUUAUAAUUCUAUGCUAAGUGGUUGAAAUAUUGAACACGUAAAAGCUGUAAACCAGUUCAAGUUUGUUAAGGUUCAUACUAUCAAUGGCCAAGACAAUCACAGGCAGCGGUGGAGAUAAAAGAUGGUCUCUUGAUGGAACAACGGCCUAGUCACCGGAGGAACUCGUGGCAUAGGGUUUGAUCAUCUGCAACUACUUUUAUUUUCUGUUUUUUUCUGUUCUCGUGAUCAGGUUUUCGUUUCUGGUUUUUAUAUUGCCAAGGAGCUUGUGUUCUUUUCGCAUCGUUUUGUCAUAUUUUUAACGCGGAAUAUGGAUGAAAACCCGAAAAAAUAUUGGAUUUUUUUGGAUAAAAUUGGUGUUCGUUCUACCGGUUGCAACUGCUAAAACUCCAGCAAUUGAUGAAAUGAACACAAUGUUCCCAACUCCAGACGCGUUAAGCAGAGGUUGUGCGAGUUGACACAGAUGAUAAGGCGCCUCAAAAUUGAUACUCAUUAUGUUGGAAAUGUCUUCUGCUGUGGAAUCUGCAGUCUCCUGGCUUUUAGCUAUUGCAGCAUUGUUAACUCAGGAACUCAGAAGAUGGACUUAUGAGUGGUGGCCAAACCCAUGUAUUAUAUUCAUUACUCAUUUGACAUUUACAAUAUCUAUAUUCUAUAUAUAUAAAAACAAUAAAUCUUUAAAAAAAAAAUUCGUUAGGACUUUUGCAACAACAAAUCAGAAUUUUACCAUCGAAGGAGGAAGCUAAGGAAGAAUAUAUGAAAUUAUCUUGGAUACUAAUGGUGUGAGCCGGUGAGGUUAAAGAUAUUAGUUGUGAUGGGGAAGAGAUGAUUAAAUAUAUACUUAUCACCAUAUUCAGGUAAGUACUUGGCCGUUCACACAAUUAUGAUCGAUGAACUCUCAUGCUUUGGAUAUUUCUUUUUACUAUACACUUUGUAGAUAGAAACCUUAAUAGUCAAAUUAAGCUUUAUUUGAAACAUUAAGCUUGAACUGUGUAAAUCUCAAUUUUUCUUGUUCAAACUUCUUGUGCUUCUUGUCUCACUUCCCAUCAGAUAUCAUUUUCUAACAUCUUAAAGUUCUAAAGUUUUAGAUGAAGUAUAUAAUUAGCGUAGUCAAGAAAUCUCACGUAAAUUAUACAUAUGGUUCGGAAGAUGGAUUCUGUACAUGUUAUAUGCAAUAUCGUAUAGUUUAAAAUUAGGCAAAAAAAUAAGAUUUUUUUUAGUUAGCAAGAAGUGAGUUAGUUUCAAAUUCGAACUAAUCUUCAAAAAUUUGUAAUUGUUUUAAUUUCAACUGUUUUAGAAUUUUGAUUUUGUUAUCAAUUUUUCGCAGUCAAGACUUUUUUAAGGCUUAUAAUACAAUCAAAUUUAUUUUGUAGCAUCGAGCAGGGGUUUUCCAUGGCUUUUCUUAAUAAUGCUGAAGCUAGUUCCCAAUAAUAACAAGGGGGUCCUUAGAUUGAUUGCCACAAAUAGUAAAGUGUAUUAUUCCAUACACAAAACAGAAAUCUUGAUAUUCCACAGGAAAAUAUUCUGAUUUCUGGGCAACUUCACAGGAAAAAGGUAUAAUUAUGAUUUAAUAGGUUGAGCAAAUUAGUGUUAAAUGACGAGCCUAUACUGUGAUAGGAUGUUAAGUGACUAGUUAUCCUAGACCUUGAGAUAUUAGAGGUGUUGUGGCCCGCUGUAUGAAAUUUAUUAUUAGUUUCGCAGUCAUGGAGGGGCCUUGGUUACUAUUAGUUUGUCCAUUCAUGAUUGCUGCAAUUACAUAAGAUGGUGUUUGAGCCACAUAUAGUGACUUGAUAUUAUUUACUCUUAACAAACUAAACAGCAUAAAAGAUUAUUUUUCAAGUUUAAGUUAACUACAAUAACAUAUCUACAUUUGAGUUAUCUGUCAAACAAACAAGAACGGAAAGAACUUUAAAUGGCUGAAGCAAUUGUGUUGAUGGUAGUGGGAAGGCUCACUGAUUUAUUGACUGAAGAAGCUCAAUUUCUUAAUGUGGUGAGAGAUGAAAUUCAACAAGUGGUGACCGAGCUCAUGCGCAUGAAGGCAUUCUUAAGAGAUGCUGAUUCGAGAAUCAGUGAAGAGAGAGUUGGAAAUCUGCUUGCACAAGUACGUGAUCUUGUGUAUGAUGCUGAAGAUGUUGUUGAAACUUUUCUACUCAGUGCUAUGUCAAGUGAAAGGCGCAAAGUUCAAGGAGGAUUCAGAAACAAAGUUAAGAGAUCUGUUUGUUCUUUUGAUGAAUAUUUCUAUCAUCACAAGUUCAUUAAGGGGAUCAAACAGAUCCAGGAACGGAUACAGAACCUUUUCGGAUGCUUUAGUGAUUAUGAUAUUAAAUCAACACAAAAUGAAGGCCACGGGUCAUCGUCAAGUGAAUCAGAACCGGGGAGGCUAAAGCGAUUUCACACCUUUUCUGUUGUGGAGCCAAAACUGUUUGUUGGAUUCCAAGAGGAUGUUAAAAGCUUGGUGGCGCAUCUGGUCAAUGAAGGUGAUGAUUCCUACCCGGUGAUCUUCAUUGGUGGAAUGGGCGGACUGGGAAAGACCACUCUUGCUGAAAAAAUAUACAAUCAUAAAACCAUCAAGAAACACUUUCCGAGGUUAGCCUGGGUAUCUAUAUCACAGAAGUGGCAAGCGAAACAUGUGCUCAAGCGGAUUCUUAUUAGUCUUGUCCAUGAAAAGAAGGAGGAGAUCCUUCAGAUGGAAUAUGACAGGCUAGUUGAGAAUCUGCUACAAGUUCAGCAAACCAAAAAUUGUUUAGUAGUCCUUGAUGACAUAUGGUCAAGUGAUGCUUGGGAUUUAUUAAAAGCGGCCUUUCCAACUGAAACUUCUAGAAGCAAAUUAAUGCUGACAAGCCGUAUUCUAGAUCUUGCUGACCAUGUGAACCCGAGAUGCUUUGUUCACAAACCAAAAGUUCUUGAUGCAGAAGAAAGUUGGGCGCUACUCCGGUUGAAAGCAUUUCCAAAAGGAGAUCAUCUAAAUGAAGAAGUUGAAGCAGAGACACUUUGUCAGUUGUGGAUCGCGGAAGGGAUGGUACUAUCCAGUGACAGAAGAGGAGGAGAAACGCUGAUGCAAGUCGCUGAAUCCUAUAUGGGGGAAUUGGUCCAUAAAAGUAUGGUUCAAGCAAAAUAUGAAGACGAAGACAACAUACACUCGCAGAGGAAAAUCAAAACUUGUCAGCUUCAUGACCUAAUGAGAGAGCUAUCUAUGUCCUUAGCUGAAGGGGAAGAUUUCUUUAAAGUGGUUGAUCUAGGAAAAGUAGAAGAUACAGCAUCUUUUAAACAGACUUCCUCUUCCACGCGACAAAUAACAGUCUUUUCUGAUGCAAAAGAACAUAGAAGUGUCAAAGAUCAUCCCUUUCUUGUCAACAAAUACAAUCAAGGACGUGCCAGAUCAGUCUUAGUGUUUGCAAGUUUUAAUUUUCCGCCAAUACUAGGAUCACAUUUUACAAACUUCAGGUUACUAAGAGUUUUUGCUGUGGAAAGAUUUAAUCGUGAGAUAGAAAGUGUCUCUGGUUAGGGCUGUAAAUGAGCUGAUACGCUCGAUAACCGCUCGGUGUUCGGUUCGAAAAAAGCUCGGUUCGACCUCGGUUCGAUCCAUAAACGAGUCGAUCUUGAGCACAAUUUUAAGGUUCGUUUUAUAAACGAGCUGAACUUGAGCACAGUAGAGUUCGACUCGAGUUCGCGAACAAGUUCGAAUUAUGAGUUCGUGAACUUGGCUCGUGGAUGUGGGAGUUUUAUUAGUGGGAGUUUUAUUAAUGGAUGAUUUAUCAUGAA